AUGACUCGGUGUUUACAGCUCCUGUCUCUUUGUCUGCUUCUGGUGGUGUCUGCGAGCCGGGCAGAUGAUCACCAGAAGCUCGACACUGUCUGGGAGCCGUCAGCACCGCCACACAGCCGGAGCCAGGUCCGCCACCACACCAAGGUCAGGUCAGACGGGUCGUCUCCUAUAGAGGAUCGGACGGCGGCUGGCGAGUUGGACGGAAAGACAUCAACGCCAGCCUCGACAGAUGGAGCUCACAACUCAAGUCGGAACAACAUUGCGGGCAAGAGCCAGUCGAAGUUUGAAAAGAGGGGUCUGCUGGAUCUGUUAAAUCCUUGGAAAAGUAGUCCGCCUACCAGCCCACCCUCUCUGAUCCCACCCGGCGCAGUCGGCCCAUCCAGAAGAACCCCGUCUCCCAAAGCACGCCCACCUCGCCGAGCCGACUCGGAUUAUUUCCCGCCCGGCAUUAACUCGCUGAUCCGCUCCACCCUGACCGGCGGCGGGCCCCCACGGCCUCCGCCGGGCUCGUUCGUGGCCCGUCUGCCCCCGGGCGGUGCGCACGGCCAACCGUACGUGGUGAGACUCCCGGCCGGUCACGGCGCAGGACCGCGCCGCGCCGGAAAGCGAGUGGUGCUGAUCGUACCGGUGAAGGGCGGCUCGUCGCUGCGCCGGCCGGCGGUGGUGCCUGUGGUCCGGGGAGCUGGUGGUCCUCACGGUCCUCUCGGUCCUCAGUUGGUCUCCGUGAAGCCCGGGGACCACCGCCCGCCACAGCCGGUACCAGUGGUCCGAGACGCCGCGGGGAGGUACAGACCGCUGGCCGACCUGCCGCCCAAGCAGCGACACACCGUGCUGAGCACGCGGAACGUGUACACGCUGGAUAACCCGCAGCACCGGAGGAGCGUCGUCAAGGGCUACGGGCCGCCCAAGCCGCGGGACGUCAUUAGCUGCACCGAGCUGGGUGUCACCGACUGUCAUGUGUAGGUGACAGGCGGACGGCGGAGGAGAGCUUCUGAUAGGUAUCUGAGCAUCUGAGUACCCUGGCAGAGCUGCCAUGUGUAGGUGACAGGCGGACGGCGGAGGAGAGCUUCUGAUAGGUAUCUGAGUAUCUGAGUACCCUGGCAGAGCUGUCAUGUGUAGGUGACGGUCGGACGACGGAGGAGAGCUUCUGAUAGGUAUCUGAGUAUCUGAGUACCCUGGCAGAGCUGUCAUGUGUAGGUGACGGUCGGACGACGGAGGAGAGCUUCUAAUAGGUAUCUGAGUAUCUGAGUACCCUGGCAGAGCAUUGAA